CUGGCCACACUGCGCGCGAUGUCCGUGUUCUGUUGAAAUCGAAUCAAGCGCGACGCUUUGUGUUGUGUAUCAAAUAGUUUGUGUUGUGCCGGUGCUAUGCUUGUUAAAAACAACCUAAUAGAAAAUGUCCACUGUAAAACGUAUCACGCGCAACGCUUCUCGGUCCGCAAGCAAAUCACGCGCACAAACUGAAGCUGCGCACCGAAACAGUUCGCGAAGUAGCGCGAAAGACAAACUGCGAAACAUUACCAACACGAUCGGAAUGUCAACCGUCGAGGAAGCGGCGGGUGCGGGUGGUGAUCCACCAGCGAAAAAGAAGCGAAAAUCCGACCCCAUCAACAAUCUUCCCUGCAGCGCAUCACCACCGUUCGCGAUGGCUGCUGCUGCCGCCCCAUCCCAGCCCGAGCUGGUGCCGUUCGAAAAGCUGCUGCUCGUGCUGGGCAGGAACUACUUCGACGUAUGCCAGCGGCUAGCGCUGGACUAUGUGCCGCGCUGCGUCCACGGCAUCACCGACUGUGCCCAGCGUCACGCGAACAAGCGCAGCCCGCGGGCAAAGUGCGUCGGCUCGUUGCGGCAGCUGAGCACGCACGACCAGCUGCUCGAGCAUCGGCCGGAUCAGUUCGUCGAGUUCGUAAACCAAGCGAUCCUGCGGCAGGAGUUUAUCGAUGCGGAACUGUUUGUGGCGGGGCUACAGCUGAUGCUUACGUUCAACCGUCCCUCGGAGGAGCUGCGGGUAGAUUACGGUGUGGCGGAGAUAGUGGACGGAACGGGCGAGGCGCUGGAAACGUGCCUGGAACACUUCCCACCGUGUCGGUGGGAUUUGCGGCCGACCUAUCAGCGGAUCGUGAUGGGUCGGCUCGAUGCAGCGUGCUUUGGGCGGUGCGAUCAGCGCGAGGGACUGUUCCGGAACGUGCUGCAUCUGAUCGAGCGUGACAUUGAGACGCACCAGGAAGAAGGGGCAGGCAAUCGGCGCGUUGCAGCCGGUUCGAAAAAGGGCACGACCCGUCGUCGAACGUCCGAAGCGGAGGAUGAUGGUGAUGAUGCGAUGAUGUACAACUACAACACGUGGAUGCUGACCAACCGGAUGUGUUACGAUUUUGAUCGGCUGGCGCGCCCGGAACGCUUCCAGCGGUUGUUUGCGGUGCUGCGCGUGUUGGUCAAGCUGCUCGAGAUGGACUUUGCCAUGUGGAUGCUGCGCAAUCCGACCAGAACGCAACAUAAUCUUUGCAAUCCCACGCGCAAUCCGCUGGUGGCGCAGCUCGUCUGGAACGGAGACUACGGCAGCGUGAAUCUGUUCGUCAAAAAGCUUUUCCAAAUGUUUAUCAACAUGAAUGCGCUUCAGUACCCGCAAGAGGACAUCGCUGUCGUAUCGCGCCUGCUGAACCUUCUCACGGUGGCAGUGAACCUGAGCGAGUUUCAGCACAGCGACGGCCAGAUCGAGUACCCGUGUGCCAAAGACAACAGCCAGCACUACGCCCGCCAGCUGUGGAAAACGCUCGAAACGUCCGGCUACUUCAGUGUGACGCUCGCGCUCCGGACAAUCCGUAACCUGCGUUCGCCUUUCCUGCGGUUGCGCCUGUCCGAGCACCUGCUGCAGAAGCUUUACCGUGGCGCACGCCUGUCCAAUGUGCGCUGCUUCUUUAAGCAGCUGCACGAGCGCUGCUGGCUAGAGUGUAGCGACCAAGAGCCGGCGGAAGCGGGCGGCGCCCAGCAAACCGAACCCAACCACUAUCCGGUGCUAAAUGCGCACCGAACGCGCCCGAAAGCUACCGAAAUGCAUCAGCAGCAGUACGUUGAGCUGCUGCUGACCGGGCUUCGGGCGUACUGUGAUAUGCACCAGCUGCCGGCCUACUUCCGGGAAAUUAUGACCCGUCCAGCGCAGGGUGGUGGCUGCAGUGUCUCCCCUUCGGAUGAGAGUGUACCCGCCGACGGGGCACGCAUUGUCGUGCCGAAAGCCGUGGACGACGAGCGGAUGAUUUUCCGAGGCAUAGCCAUCAGCACCGACCUGGUGCUGGAGUACCGUGAUGACAUCAAGUACCUGCUUUUGAUCGAACAGCAGCUAAAAACGCUCCAGUCGGCUGAGGAACGGGCACUGUUUGGGGAUUGGUUUGCAUUCCUGUCGGAAGUGGAUCCCACGAUGGGGGCAGCUUAACGUCGUGAUACCAUGAUUAGGUUUAACUGUAUGUCUGUUUUUUAUAUUAUUAUUUUUAAAAUAACCAUCACUAUUUAUGAGCGGCAUGGAGUGUUCAAAACUUGUUCUAAGAGUUACAAACAAAAGCAAAAGCCAGCAAUAAAGGA